UCGUUCUCGCUUAGUCGCUGCGAUACUCGAUUCUCGUGACGGCCUGUCGAUUCGGCGUGUGUGUACCACUGUCAACUGUGUAGCCCGAUAUCUCGGUUUAUCGAAAACCGGCUAUCGUCGUGGAGUGUAAGCAGAUCAGGUGCGCACAUGCGCGCAAAAUCGAAACGCAUUACAAUAAAGUUGCGAAGAAAGAAACACGAGAAAAAAAGAGGAGGCGAGAGAAAGUCGCCUGUUUUUCCGCCGGUUGUGCGUCUCUCCCUCUCUUCUUAACACGAGACGCCGUGUAUCCUGUUAUAUCGUCGUCGAAUUUUGUUUUAUCAAAGCAACGUAUUAAUUUGCUGAAGAUCGCGCGUGUCACGUGUGUUCUCUCCCUCUCUCGUAGUAAACGAAUCUCGAUUUUGGCCCGUGUGUGUAUACGUGUCGGCAUCGCGACAACGUCACGUCGGUGUUACGACGACAAGAAAGGACGAGUGUGCGGAUUGUGGCCGACAUCGGCGGUCUCAGCGGGCCAGCCUCGAUUCCCCGUCGUUACCACCGUAUCGAACGACGAAAAGGAACACCGCUUUGGCUGAACACUAUCAACAAGUCGAGUCGUUCAUCCGAAAGCGUUCCACCGGCCAAAGAAGAAGACGCUAGCAACAGCGAAGCUUGGUCGUAGUUCCUGCAUUGAAAUCGUGGAAACGAUUCGAAGCCGCUAGGAAAUUGACUUCGCAGCAAACCAGACUCGUCUCUUCGUUCUUGUUCUCUCGUUCAACCAGACAGAUUCACUUUGUUCACUGCGAGGAACCGUUAUCGAAUUCGUUCCGAGUUGCUCCAAAUACAAUCUCUCGGUUGUAAGUUAUUACAACACGAGUCACACACCGCGCCACCUUUGACGGCUCGAGGACGAGGCAAAGGUUGAUUCGGUUGACGUUCCGAAACGUAGAAACGCGGCGAACGAGUUUCCAACCAGAGCUCUCUUCUCGACUUACCAGAAAAUAGAGAAACAAAUGCGUGCGAGCAAAAGACGCGCGCGAGGUGGAAGGUAGUCGGUCGACCACCGUUGGCUGGUUCCGCGCUCACGAUUCUCUUGGGUCAACGAUCUGUUGGUGGAUCUCGCGCUUGAGCUGUUCCCGGUUUGUAUACACGUAUCUGUGGACAGGUCCGGUCGAUACGAUAUAUACAUAUAUAUAUAUAUAUAUAGGUUCGUGGUUCGGUCGCGUUCGUUGGAUACGCGCGUAUUCGUGCCGAUAGCACGUUUCACGAGGAGUGAAAAGGCGGUCACUCGGUACGCCGUCGUGGCUGCUUUCACCGGCGACGGAAUAAUGCCGAUCGCGCCUUAACGGUACGCGACUCAUGCCUUCCGUAUUUCCCUUGCGAACCACCGGAAAAAUGAUAGCGGAUCUCGGGUGAUUAAGUGUGCAGUGCGUCGCGACAGUUUCCUGAUGGUUUUUCCUCGUCUUCGUCGUCUAGUAUAGUGGUCGCGGGUGUUUCGGUGUUGUUGAUUUAGUAUAUCGGCAAUACAGUGGAAACGUGGAUACGCGUUUCGAAGAUCUCGAUCGAUACGUAGCAUGGAAAGCAAGAUGUACAUCAGCAACGAGCCGCAGAACAACGGCCACUCGGCCGCCAAAUACGCGUCGACCAAUUCGAUUCCUUCGAUAGUGGAGAAAGAAUCGUCAUUCGCGAAACUUAUCGGCGCUGUUGGCAGAAGAGACUCGAACGCUAUUUUACGCGAUAAUAAAGGCAGACGGCACAGCGUGCUGGAGGAUCUGAAGGCGCGAAGGGACAGUCUGUUUCAUAGAGCGAGACGCGGUAGCGUUGUCGAGGAGAAGGAAAAUACGAAACAAGUGCAGAAGGAGAAAAGACGCGCCAGCGAGUGUGGCAGACGGUGCUCGGUUUUCUACGUGUCGCAGGAUCUGCUCGAGGAGAACCAAGAACUACUGGAGAACGAGAGAAGAAUACAAGCGGACAUCGAGGGCAAAAAGGCUCGCAGAAAGUCGUGGCAUAUCCUCGCCAGGCCGCCGAAACUCGAUCGCAAAAGGAGGAAAGGGAUUGCUGGCGUCCCGACACAGGUCGCAAGCACCGAUGGACUUUACACGCAAGCCAGACAGAAGAGGCCUUCCUGGUGGAACAUAUUCGUGCCUGACUCCGUCGCCAGGUCCAGGCGAAUGUCCCAGGAUAUCACGCAUUCCAGAUCCACAGAAAAUCUCACAGUACCCUAUUUCAGGAGCAAGAGUCGCAGCGUGGAUCAUGGAUUCGCCGCGCCUUUUGAUUGGGAUUCAUCGAAGAACAAGGUCGAAGGACGGUUCGAGUCGGUCGACGAAUUCACGAAGGAUACAGACAGCGAAAGCGAGGAUGGCUCGUCGACAAGGUUAAACUUCAACAUCAUCCCCUACACUGUGGGUGAUAGGGACACGCUGACGUCCGUGGCCGCGAGAUUCGAUACAACGCCAUCCGAGCUGAGCAAAUUUAACAGGCUCGGAAGUACUUUCAUUUAUCCCGGCCAGCAACUGUGGAUACCGGUGGAAGGAGAAGGUCAAACAAAAGGCGGAACUACCGACGCACCUAGUCCGGAUCCUUGCCACGAUCACGAGUCCCAGGAUGACCUACCUCCAGAAGAAAAAGAACUUUUAGACAACUUGAGGCCAGUGUCACCGAAACCAAGCCAUGAAAGAGUGAAAACACCUCUUAGUGUUACCAAUACAGUGAUAGAAGAGGAGGAACAGCCAUUUAAAGAAAGAUUUUUGAAAAUUAAUGUUCGUCACAUUACAGAUGGUCAGGGUGUUGUUGGUGGAGUGUUACUAGUUACGCCAAAUGCAGUCAUGUUUGAUCCCAAUGUUUCUGAUCCCCUUGUAAUUGAACAUGGAGCUGAAUCUUACGGUGUUAUUGCACCAAUGGAAUUUGUAGUAAAUGCUGCAAUUUAUUAUGAUAUUGCACAUAUGCGAGUUGGACAUACAGAAUCUGGAAACUUAGAUAAGAAGCCAGAAAUUUAUUAUAUGAAGAAACCUUCACCAAUUGAAAAUAUUAAAUGCCAGUCACCAGAAAAGGAGGAAAAUUUUCCGGAAUUAACGGCGGAUGAUGCUGAGAAUGUAUGCAGCUGUGCUGAGAGAGAUGGAGAUGCUUUUCCAAAGGCCUUUGAGAGAGAUCUCGUUACUCCUACUAAUCUUCAAAAUGAAGAAGAUACAACAACAACCAAAGAAAAAGAGAAGGAGAAAGAGAAAGAGAAGGAGACUAAAGCUGUGAGCGGUGGUGGUCAAGCAAGUAGAACAUUAGAGGAGCGUAGACGUUCUAUGCUUGACCAUCACUGGCCAGUUCCUAGCAAAGAUCAAUAUCCAUGGCCCAUCGAGGAUGAACAACAAGAUUCUUUAAAUUCUGACAAAGUGGACUCCGCGAAGUCGAAGGUGAUUCCCGAAGGCGAAGAAGGAUCUCUAGUCAAACUGUCAUGCCACGACUCUGGUAUUGACAUACGUGACCCUAAUCCCUCUUUCCCAGUAGUUCAACCAAAUCCCACAAAGAAAGUUUAUUCAGACGCAGAUAUUGUCUUAUCUUCAGAUUGGGUCCCUCCUAUUACUAUUGCUCCGACGAACGUUACAACUGAUUCGGUAGAUAGUGGUCCUGCCAUUAACGGCAGGAAGAAGGCAAGUUCUGUAUCUUUUAGCUUAGACAGUAAUAAUACGGAGGAACCUGAGAAAGAUGAGGAACACAAAGACGACGAUAAACAAGAGACUCGUAGAAAUAAGAUGUUAAAACGAUUAUCAUAUCCUCUGUCAUGGAUGGAAGGGUUAACUGGCGAAAAGGAAGAUGAAAGUAAAUCUGGAACUGAUAAAGUUUCGAGUCUUCCUAAUAGCGCGGAUUCUCAUCAUUCAUCAGUUUUCAGCAAAGUUUUCUCAAGCUCGCCGAUCAACCUGGUGAGUGACUUUAGCUCGGGCCUGUUUGCUAAAACUCCCAGCGAAGAGAGCGGUGGGGGCGGUAGAGCCGGAGGAACACCUCCGCUUACCGCCUCCUCUCUCUCCCAGGACACCAGCAACCCUCAGAUUUCACCUGGUCCAGGAGGGCUUAUGGGACGGUCUUCCGUGGGCACAUUCAUCAGACAGCAACCGUUGACAUCGUCAGGUAGCAGCAGCGUGGACAGUAACCGAAGUAACAAAACCUUGGCCACAGCACCUCGAUUGGACUAUCGUAGCAUGGUCUCUGUUGAAGAUAUGCCCGAACUGUUCGUCAGUUUCGACAUCCAAGCACCUAAUUUUCCCGAACUCGAAGGCCUCGAGCUUAUACCACGACCAGCCCAUUCUUGCGAGGAUCCUCCACUGUACCUGAGGCUGCGAACAGGAAGGCCCAAAGAUAAGAAGAUUCCCCGCUCGACGCCUAUUAUGAGCUAUGGCAAGAAGAAGCUGCGGCCAGAAUACUGGUUCAGCAUACCGCGUAACAGGGUGGACGACCUCUACAGGUUUAUCCAUGCGUGGGUGCCGUCGCUUUAUGGAGAACUCGACGAGAAUUAUUGGCGAGAACGGGGAUAUGUCUUGCUGGACACUGACACGGAUCUAUCACCUGAAUUGUCGCCGCACGAGGCUGGGAAAGCCGGGGAUGCCACCGAGGAGGAAAAAUGUCGUCAAGACAGCGAUGAGAUCUCCGAGCUGACGAGGGAAUCAUGGGAGCUGAUCAAGGCCCCCUACGUAAAGCUGUACAGCAUCCUGAAGACGUCGAGCACAUCGGCGGAUUCCGAGCAGAUCCAGGACCCGGAGGUACUGUCUAUGAGCGAGGAACUCAGGCGAGCUCUGUACACGAACAGCGCCGUCUCCAUAGACAACGAUGUCAUCGUUCCCGACCUGGUUGGCACCACCGAGAUCCUCAGCGACGAGCACAGAGAACAACUGUGCCGGCAUUUGCCUGCCAGGGCGGAGGGCUACCUCUGGACCCUCGUUUUCAGUACCAGUCAACAUGGAUUUAGUCUAAACAGUAUGUACAGGAAGAUGGCCAAAAUAGAGAGCCCAAUUCUCUUGGUGAUAGAAGAUACAGAGGGCAACGUGUUUGGUGCGUUGACCUCGUGCUCUCUGCACGUGAGUGAUCAUUUCUAUGGAACCGGCGAAUCUCUUCUCUUCAAGUUCACGCCCAGAUUCCAGGCGUUCCACUGGACUGGGGACAACCUCUAUUUCAUCAAAGGCAACAACGAAAGCCUUGCCAUCGGUGCCGGAGAUGGCAAGUUUGGAUUGUGGCUAGACGGAGACCUAUACCAAGGCAGGUCACAAUCUUGUAGCACGUAUGGAAACGAGCCGCUGGCACCGCGAGAAGAUUUCGUGGUGAAAACGCUGGAAUGUUGGGCAUUCAUAUAGGACACAGCCUCGUACUCCGUGUUCGCGACUUCGCCCUCACCGCAGCCUAAUUUGACUUGAAUUCCGAGAAAGUCUCGCGUGGAGGUUGAUCGUCCCCAGAGAAAAAUUAUCGCACGGAGGACAAUUAUCAAGAUUUCCAAGAGACAUUUUUCCAGAGGAGAUUAAAGUCGAUUAACGGGAUUAUCGGUUAGCUCGAUUACCGUCGAUAGAUUUUUAAACAGAGAGACCCCAGACGUAUUUUGUUAAAAGUCAAUAGGAGAUUUUUCGAGUGAAAGAGAGAGAGAGAGAGAGAGAGAGAGAGAUGAAAGAAUUGUAAUUUUUAAUGAAUGGAAGGUAGAAACGUUGAUGAUGAAAAGGAAGCUGCAGGAAAGAAUGAUGAUGAUGACAAUGAUGAAGAGAUAUAAGAAAAAAUGUGAAGAACAAGUCCUAAUAUAUUAAGGCAGAAAAGUUGAAUUAAGAACUGCGAAUGACUAUAACUGAUAAAUUUGUCGUUUUAAUCGUCCUACGUUUGUUUUUCUUUUUGUUUUAAGUUGUCGUAUUUAUUUUAUUUUUUUAUAUAUAUAUACAUACACGCACGCAUACAUGUGUUUCGUUGAAUGAAUCGUCGUUGCUGUCGUUAAUAAUUCUGAUUUCACGCGAUCGCAUGCCGUUUGAGUAAAGGAUCGAAGGUUCGACCACGAUGACAAUGAAUUUGUUAUAACGAUGAUGAUGAUUAUGAUCGUGGUGUUGCCUUCGAACUAGUCGCGAGUAUAAUAAUAAUAUUAAUUGAUAAUAAUAAUGCGUUGUUCCGAGAGAUUAUGCGAUCGCCGAUGUGUUUUACGGUGAUCGACGAUAGCGAGUAAAAGAAGAGAAAAUGAGAUGAAAGUGUGAAUGAUAAUCGAGAUUGAAAGGGAAAACAAAUACGUCUCCACAAUGGAGAGAAUCGAUUAUGCGAGAAAGACGGAAGGAAAUUACGAACCGAUUGUUACGGAUAUAUAUGAUGAUCACAUUAACAUCAUCAUGACGGUGAUGAUUAUACAAUACCAUGAUACAAACACGAUACUACGAGUAUGCUAAACUAACCGUAUUUGUUGAUGUGUAGUUAUUGUAGAUAGAUGAAUGUAAAUAUAUAUAUUACGAAAUUGUUAAGGAAACAAAAAAAUUAAUUUUAACGAAGGAAAAAAAUACAGUAUAUGAUACCACGCUAAAGAAAGAGAAACACACACAUUGCAGAGGACACUCUGUGUAGUUUGUCUCAUGUAUAUCCCGAAGGACACACAUUAAUUAAAUAUAUAUAUAUAUAUAUGUACACGAAACACACACAUACGAUUCGAAGAAGAUCGUGCAACAUACACCACUGAAUCGAAUCGAUACGAUGAUACUCUGGAUGUAAAACGAUCCUAGGAUCUGCGAGCAAAAGUAGCUUUAGAAGAGAAUGAAGAAGGAGAAGAUAAGUUUGUACUGAUCUUACGCUGAUGCAUGCGACUGCCACAAUGUUACAGUGAUAAAGAUCGUAAAAGAGAUUAGAAAACACGAUACCGAUUAUAUUGUUGACACGAUGGAAGGCGAACCAGAAAUUGUAGAAACACGCGAAUUAGAAGUUCAGAGCAGCGCGUUCGCUUCUUGUGUUUCGAGUGACCACAACGAACACACACGCCUGUGCCUCGCUUCGCUCUCUUUCUCUCCCUCUACUAUAGAGCACACACAGUUAACAUGACAUUAUAGUAUCUCAGUUUAAACUUUAUACAAAAGUAAGAUCUACAGAUCAGAGCCGAAGGAAAGAAAGCUUGUUGUUGCAACGACACUCUUAUGGUUUACUUCAUAAGAGCGUCACGCAAAACUCAGACAAUAAAGAGGAGUCUCGCCGUGGUAUCGAUCUCUUUUUCGUUACGCACCCUGGUAACACCGUUUGUAACUUUCUCGUUCGACGAAUGAACCAAGAUAUACAUUGUUUGCUAUUGCCAGUGAGCCGGCACGGUUUAACAACUGUGUCAAGAAAAUUUAUAGUAGUCUAUAUGACUCGUUCGAUGGACAGGGAGAAUUUUGCAACAUAUCGUACUAUAAAGUUUUCUAUACUGCGUUUAACUUUUCUCUCGGCUCUGAAGAUCAGCGAAUGGAUGUCAAUCGUAAAACACACACAGACACACACGACCAGAAAAAUAAAACUGUUCGAGCUUAUAGGUCUCUUUACUACUGUGAAUUAAUUAGGACCGAUAGACUGUCGCGAGAGAACCCACCGUUUCUACCGCUUUUUAAACGUGAAUUUUUUGUUUAAGGACGAGAGGAGAAUGUUAGAUAUUAAGCGCUGUUUAACAAUAAAAUAGAAACACGCUGCGUUAGAAGGCAUCGAUCGAACAUCAGACGUAGGUUUUUAUAAUCGAUUAUGUAAAUUGAUUUGUUUUUGGGUCGGUCCAGGAAUGUGUGAAACGACGACGUCUGGUAGCGAAUCCCGGUUUGUUCUAUUACGAAAAGAAUUCUGUAGCGGCUUCAUAAUGAGACAAAGAAAGAGGAGAAGAAAUUAAGACGCUAUUUUAUACCAUAGCGAGAGUACUGGUUGCCAUUCCUUUCAAUUUAUUAGGAACAGUUCCCGAUGUUUCUGCGAUUUUCGAUCUUCCAUAGAGUACUGCAUUUUUAAAAACAUUUAUUAUUUAACAUCAUAACAGAAUUGUCACAUUAAAAUGAUUCAAGUUAAUCGGUAGCAAGCGAUCUUGUUCGAUUUAUGAAAGAAGGCUUAAAAAACAGCACGACGAGACGUUAUAGCAGAAACACAACUUAUAGUAUAUUUAUUUCAAAUUACGUUUACUACCGACGUGGAUUGUUGGAUUGAAUUGUUGAAUACGGGCUAGAAGAUUGUAAAAGCGAGUGGAAAUGGAGGAGAAGCGAAAAUUGUAAAUUUGAACGAGCGUAUUUCCGUGCACUGGUUAUGAAACGCACUUUACCGAAUAAAGACAAAUAGAGCGAAAACGAUCGUCGCUUAAAGCGGAAAAAAAUCUUAUGGAGCACGGUUUCAAGUAGUAAAAGUGGGAGAAACGCAGCUAUAGAAAGCACAAAAACUAUGUGUAUUCAAAUUACGUGUAGCUAUCUAUCAGCUUCGUUAGGACUAGUUGUCAAGUACAUAGUACACGAUCAUAGCGUUGUGUAAGACAUAUAAAGUUCUAGCGUCUAUAGGCAUUACUCUCUUGUGAUACUAACGAGUUAAAAAGGAACGAAGAUACAAAAGAUGGUAAAACAAAGUCCGGUUCGAGUGUGUCACUUUCUUUCGUGGCAGGGGAAAAAGGCCGUUGUAGAUGGAAAUUCUGAUAAUAAUGUAUAAUAUAUGUACAUCAGCCAGGACAAUACGAAUUUACAUAGAACGCGAGAGCAAACACGGAGGAAAAAGAAGAAAGGGAGGUAUAGAGAAGCGAAGUGUGCUCGAUCGUGGCAAAUUUGUCUCUUUCUUUUCUGUUUGAGAAGGACUCAAGACCCUCGCCUCUAGAUGCCGAAGAUCCAUGGUAUAAAUGUAAUAUUGUAACGUGAAAUAAAAGAAGAUGAUGUGUGUCUGAGAAAAUAUACGUUUUUCUCUUU